UCAUCCUUUCCUCCUCUCUUCUCUCUUCUCUCUCAUCUGUCCAAAGCAAAGCAAAGCACUAGACUUCUAAUCGCAAUGGCUGCCAACCUCGCCCCCCAGCCCCCCCGCCAGCGCGGACACUCGUCCAUCGACUUCAAGUCGGCGACGACGGGUAUCGCUGCCAAGACGAUGCGCAACGAGCUCAACCGCAUGGUCGCCGGCGUGACUGACCCCGCUAAGAAGAAGAUCUUCUCCGCCGAGAUGGACAGCUUCUUCAUCCUCUUCAACCGUUUCCUCACCGAGAAGGCCAAGGGCGAGAAGAUCGACUGGGACCGCAUCCAGCCUCCCAAGCCUGACCAGGUCCGCCCCUACAAGCAGCUCGAGAACGUCGACCCCGCCAUCCUUGGCAAGCUUGCCGUCCUCAAGCUCAACGGUGGUCUCGGUACCACCAUGGGCUGUGUCGGCCCCAAGUCGAUCAUCGAGGUCCGCGAGGGCAUGACCUUCCUCGACCUUUCGGUCCGUCAGAUUGAGCACCUCAACGAGAAGUACAACGUCAACGUGCCCUUCAUCCUCAUGAACUCGUUCAACACCGAUGACGACACUGCCCGUAUCAUCCAGAAGUACCAGAACCACAACAUCAACAUCCUUACCUUCAACCAGUCGCGCUACCCCCGUGUCGACAAGGAGUCGCUCCUCCCUUGCCCCCACGACGCCAACUCGGACAAGGCCAACUGGUACCCUCCCGGACACGGUGACAUCUACGACGCCCUCAACAACUCUGGUCUCCUCGACCAGCUCAUUGCCGCCGGCAAGGAGUACAUCUUUGUCUCCAACGUUGACAACCUCGGCGCCGUCGUCGACCUCUCCAUUCUCCAGACCAUGAUUGACUCGCAGGCAGAGUACGUCAUGGAGGUCACCGACAAGACCAAGGCCGACAUUAAGGGUGGUACCAUCAUCGACUACGAGGGCAAGCCCCGUCUUCUCGAGGUCGCCCAGGUCCCCAAGGACCACAUUGACGAGUUCUGCUCGACUCGCAAGUUUAAGAUCUUCAACACCAACAACAUCUGGAUCAACCUUAAGGCGAUCAAGCGCAUCAUGGACAACGACGAGCUCUCGCUCGAGAUCAUUGUCAACAACAAGACGACCGACAAGGGCCAGGAGAUUAUCCAGCUCGAGACUGCCAUUGGUGCCGCCAUCAAGCACUUCGACUCGGCUAUCGGCAUCAACGUCCCCCGUUCGCGUUUCCUGCCCGUCAAGUCGUGCUCCGACUUGCUGCUCAUCAAGUCGUCGCUCUACAACCUCCAGCACGGUGUCCUCACCAUGGACAAGUCGCGCGAGUUUGGCGGUACCCCUGUUGUCAAGCUUGGCGGCGAGUUCAAGAAGGUUGCGAACUUCGAGAAGCGCUUCAAGUCGAUCCCCGACAUCAAGGAGCUUGACCACCUCACUGUCUCGGGCGACGUCUGGUUCGGCAAGGGCAUCCGCCUCGCCGGCACCUGCAUCUUUGUUGCCACCGAGGGCAACAAGAUUAUGAUUCCCGACGGCACCAACCUCGAGAACAAGCUCAUCACUGGCAACCUCAGCAUCAUUGACCACUAAACGCAUCCAUCUCCAUAACCCAAAACCUCUAGUCUUGUCUUGCGUUUAGCGGAUAGGUACUUUUUAUUAGUAUUCGAGGCGUCUGCGUGUUAGUCGCGCCGGCGCCGAUUCGGGAUGCCGUAUUCGAU